UUAGGCACACAAUUGGGCCUGCAUUAGGUAAGGAGAUGAAUGGGCGAGGAAAGCGAGGUAGCUCAACGGCCCAACUACUUCCCAUUAAGAUUCAACCACGCCAUUGAAGCCUCCUCUUUCUCCGCUCUUCUGCACAUACUAAUAACCACUCCUCUUCCUAGCUUCCUCCCUCGGAGGAUCGUGAGCAGAGCACUGAAAUGAAGGUCUUCGUCAACACCCGGAGCGGCAGAGAGCUCAUCAAGGGCGGACUUGAGCUCAGUGAUUCAGCUACAGUUUCUGAUCUGCAGGAGCAAAUUCAUAGACGGACCAAGAAAUACUAUCCAUCCAGACAGAGACUCACUCUCCCUCUCUCUCGCGGCUCUACUCAGAAGCCAACUGUUCUUCACUAUCAAAAGAGUCUAAAAGAGUAUACUGAUGGGAACACAAAUGAGCUUACUGUAGUUUUCAAGGAUUUGGGACCACAAGUCAAAUACAGCACUCUCUUCUUCUGGGAGUACGUGGGUCCCCUGUUUAUCUACCCCCUCUUCUAUUACUUCCCAAUCUACAAACACUUAGGCUAUGAAGGAAAACGUGUUAUUCACCCAGUCCAGACAUAUGCUAUGUAUUACUUCUGUUUCCAUUAUGCUAAACGGAUCCUAGAGACGUUUUUUGUGCACCGGUUCAGCCACGCCACUUCUCCAAUUUCAAAUGUCUUCAGGAACUGCGCAUAUUAUUGGUCAUUUUCCUCUGUCAUUGCUUACUAUGUGAAUCACCCAUUUUACACCCCUGUGGGUGAUGCCCAGAUGAAGAUUGGGUUUGCGUUUGGGCUGAUUUGUCAAGUUUGUAACUUUUAUUGUCAUAUAUUGUUGAGAAAUCUCAGAGGUGCAGGUGGUGGUGGAGGGUACCAAAUCCCUCGUGGAUUUUUGUUUAACAUUGUCACAUGUGCAAAUUACACCACUGAGAUUUAUCAGUGGUUGGGGUUCAAUAUUGCAACACAGACAGUUGCUGGCUAUGUCUUCAUGAUAGUUGCUGCCGGCAUUAUGACUAACUGGGCUCUUGGAAAGCAUCGGCGCCUGAAGAAGCUAUUUGAUGGAAAAGAAGGAAGGCCUAAAUACCCCCGAAGGUGGGUUAUCUUACCCCCAUUCCUUUAAAAAAGAAGAUACAACUACGGCAUCAUGCCCAGGAUCAAAUAGUCAAUUUUUAUUAGAGAUUACAAUUGCUAUCAGUUUAUAUUUGAACAUGUUCUUUCAGCUUUUCAAGUGUAAUACACAGUAUUUGUAAUUUUUUAUGGUUCAUUCCUAUGUUUGCAUUCCCUUUUUUCGUUUAUUUUGCAUAGAAGUUUCAAAGUUCCAAUGUUUAAGGAACUUUGGUCAUGCUAUAAAGUAGAGACAUUACAAAACUACUAGCAAGGGAGGAUGUUUCGUUUUCCAUUUCUCAUCCAAAACCAUGGUUCAAAAUUAUCUUUCGUACAAAAAUUGGGUAUUUGAGUUUAAUGGAAAUAUUAGUAUAUAUUAUGGACAUUGAUUUUAAUUAUAAAAACUAUAAACGCUAUUAAAAAUAAUAUCCUUAAAAAUUAAAGAGUUGUAUUCAUGAUUUGUCAAUUAAGGAUGUCAUUCAAAUCAUUUAUUGGUUUGCCAAUUAGCUUGUCUGUGUGCAGGCAAUGUGACUAGCUAUACAGACAAUUUGACCGGCGUUUAAUGAAGAAAACCGAUUUUCAUACAGACAAAAAAAAAAUUAUUUGUAUCACAGACACUAUGAAAAAUUCCGGUCUAAAAUGUCUGUGAUACAGACAACUCUUUAUUUUAUUGUCUGUAUGAAAAUUGGUUUUCUUCAUUAAACGUCAGUAACAUUGUAUGUACAGACAAUUUGACCGGCGUGUAACCCGCGUGUACACGAAGGGGACUCUUUUAGCCAAACGAUUACCCCGAUUCAUCCUCAAUUUUAUAACAUGUACGGCCUGACCUCUCUCCAAUUGUAAUAGACAAGGGUCUAAUGGUCUAUUAAUCAUUCCAUCAUAGUUGAACUUCUUGAGGCAUUUAAGUAUUACAUCCAAGAUUCUCAAAUAAUUCCAAUUCAUGUGUUCCAAAAAGGUUGAACACUUGACCCCCCCCGAAGGCACCCCAUGCCCUGAUUCGACUGGACUUUGGGAGGUUGUAAGUCAUAGUGACUCAGUCAGUCCGAUGGUAGUAUAUUUUGUACUCGUGCACACCACAGAUCCAUCUGAUUUCGAUCAUUGAUCAAUGUUCCAAUUUUCCCACCACUCAAUCAAGUGAAC